CCUCUCUGGGGAGGAGGCUUGCACGGUCCUGGUAUUCCUGGCCACGGUGGGGCCGUGGCUGGGUGCAAGCAGUGCAGGGGCCCUAGGAGGCCCCAGUGCUCGGAAGCUUGCGGUGGGGGAGAGAAGUCUGGGGACAGGGUCCCUGGGACUGAACCUCUUGGCACCCUGACAGGUGGUCAGGCCUGUUGGGCCCCAACUGUGAAAAGUGCUGUACAAGCUUCGUCAUUUUAUCCACUAUCAGCCACCCCUGUGGAGGGAGGUCUAUCAUGGGUACUUCACAGAGCAGGAAUCCAAAGCUGGGAGACCCCAGAGACUUGCCGGAGGCCCCACCCUGGCAGGUGUCGCGGCUUACACUGGGACCCCAGAAGUCUUGAGUGCCGAGGUUCAAGAAGGGUUUGACCCUGGGCAGUCCUGUGAACCUCUCUAAGCUGCCUUAAGCCAAUAGCCCCACCCCCAUCUUGCAAUUUACUCCCCCAGGGAAAGGCCAGGUGGUUUGUGACAUCAGAAAACCUGGCAGCCACAUUACAGCCAUGCUCUACCCCGCCCCGCCCCAUGACCCUGACUUCCAAAGGUACCCACAGCCCACUGGGGAACAGGUCCUUCUGGCCACUCUCCAGCUAGAGCAUCUUGAGUGCCGGUGAGGGCAGGGGCCGGGGAGGGAGGCUUCUGGCCACUUUGAGGGAUGAUCAGCCAGCUCAAGGGAUCCGUCACAUGCCAACACCAGCUCAGGCCACAGGUACCUUAUAUCCAGUCCUGCUAACUGAGAUGAAGGGAGGGUGGCCCUCAUCCCCUGUUUUCUGCUACAGAGUAGAAGCCCAGACAGCGCAGGUCUCCCAGGGACCCCACGUAAAUGUCCAUUUCCACGAAGACUUCCCUGGCCCCUUAACCCAUAGCGGCCUCUCCCUGCUGUCAAGUCAUGGCUCCCCUAAAGCUUUCUUCCCUUCUGGGACUCACUAUGGCCUUCAACACCUCCUUUGCCUUGAGAUAAUUGUUAUGCUAUUCAGCUUCUAUGUAAGUAAGAUGUUAACUUUUGGGGAUGUCUGUCUCAUCUCCCAACCCCCAUCACCCCCACUGCCUGGAACAGAGCAGCCCCACUGGCCAGGGUGCUCUCUGGAGUCACGAUCCCAUCCUAGUGGCAAGGACAUGGGUGCUGUAUGAACUUGUGCUGAGCUGCACAUUUUUCUCCUUCCAUGUGAAAAGGACAGAGGCCACAGCCUUAACCUUGUCACGAAACAGCCAAAUCCCUAGAGAUGAUGCUGCCUGAGUGACCACUGACACCGGGAGGUGGACUGUACAGACAGAGACCCAGGGGUCGGGGGACAGGAGCUUUUCAGAGUCUGGAUCCCCAGCCAGAUCUGGCCAAGUCCAAAGCCCACUCAGUUCCUUCCUCCAGGGAUGCUGCCCUUGCUAGCUGGGGCCAGCCCCUCUGAACAGGGUGGAACUGACCCCCUAGUAAGCCCUGUCUCUAGUGAGUUCCACUGGAAGAGGUGCUCAGGUGCCCACAGGGUGAGAGCUCUUGCAAAAUAAAAGCCCCCUCCCCCUUAAUCUCAGCCCCAUAGACACCUCCCCUUUCACAUCACCCCCCAUGGAGUACUUUGUCCUGGGGUAGUUGAAGGCCGAUUUUGUGGGAGGAGGGCUAAGGCAGUGUUCUUGGGCCUGUUCGCCAGGCUCUGAGCUAAAUAAAGAGUGCUCCCCGCAGGCCAGCCCUGACAGAUAGAGGGUCUCCACGGGCUGGGCUCUUGUACAUGCCCUGUCCCAGCUCCUGUUGGGCCCUUCAAGGCUCUGGCUGCUUCCCCAGCUCUCAGGCCCCUUUGGCCCUCCUGCCUCCCAACUCAGCCUUCUUCCUGCUCAGCACUUUCUGGAGCUCUGUGGGUGUUGGGCACAGACCCAUGGCUGCCUCAGCAUCUGUGGAAGGCCCAGGGUGCAUUCCCACUUGCAUGAAGCGCUGGCAUCUGCAGAACGGAGGAAGGGGACAUCUGGUGGUAACAUGCCCGACACCAUGGGGACACUCACAGUGCUGCCCACCGACCUUUUCCCCUCCCCCAGACCUCAGUCUCCCUAGAACCCUCAAUAAAGUCACCACUGAAUGGGAAAGAGGAGGGACUGGAUGUGCAGCCCCAGCACCAGUGGAAGAUGGUGAACUCCCCAGUAUGGCAACUCGGGGACGCAAAGUAUGGUCAGUGGAAGGACAAGGUCCCUCAAUUCUGGGCAUGUUGGCCCAGAGAGGCCAUGGAGAACCAGUCAUACAACAAAUCAGAGGCCAAAACUACAUGUCCCGGCCCAGCUGGGUUUUCAUAGGCGCCCCAAACAAGCUGAGAGUCCAAGUUCUGAGGAAAGAGCUGGAUGCCACUUCUCCUCACUGAGCAUCACCAGAAGCCACCAAACAUAUCCUCCUCAAGGCCCUGCACAAUGAGCCCACGAGCCGCCUUCUGUCACCAUGCCAUUCUGUAGCCGAGACACUGAAGCUCAGGGAAGACGGUGGUGUGGGUUGCACCCAGCAGCCUGGCUUUAAGACCCUGAGGCUGGUGAUUCAAGGGAGCAGGCGCUCUCCCUGGUGCCCCUGUAGUUGUCAGGGCCUCACUUUCAUGGCCAUCGGAGAUGGUCUCCAGGCUCCCUCUCCCUCAUUGGCCAACCUCCAUCUCAAGGCCAAAGCCAGUCCUUCAAGGGCUCUUGGCCUCCAAGGGUGUGGUCAUCAUGGGACUAGAAAGGCAUUUCCCAGGAAGGAAAAGCCCUUGCUCUGCAGAUGGAAAUGUGAAUGCUGUAAUUCUGUUGCCCGGGGAAACAGGGUUCUCUCCUUAACUGUUUGGGACCAGACUGGAAGCCCAUGGUAAGGUUUGGAAUGCCCACCCAGGAAACAGUGGGCAGGGCUGGAAGGCCAGGCAGAUGGCUGGAGGCAGGGCAUCGGGAGGCCAGGAGGUGGAUCCCGCUUGCAGGGCCCACCUGAGGUCACUGAUGCACCCCACCUCUGUGGGGAGCAGGAAUGGGAUCUCAGAGAGGGCUGGACCACGGUCCCCCCUACAGAUGGGGAACUCAGACCCAGCAAAGUCAUCCAGAGAGAGCCCCCACAUUAGAACCUAGGUCAUUCUCCAUUAAGAUGCAGUGGCAUGGUAUGGGAAAUAUCUGGGAGGCGUAAGACCCCGCUGCUUUGGGUGGCCGCAUGUCUGGAGGCAAAGGCCUUUCCGGCCAGCGGUUCAGAACCACAUUGCUUCUAGGGUGUGUUAGGCUUGGGACUUCUCGGCUGGCCCUUCCACCAUCCGCACAUGUCUUCCUUCCCCAGUAUUGACUGGACACUUGCGCUCGGCUGGGCGCUCAAAGGACGCUGGGGACACAGCCAGGGCCAGGACAGACGGCAGGCGUGGUCCCCAUGGCACUUACGUCACAUGGGUCAGAGAGACGUCAGGAUAAAUCGAGGAAUGAUGAAUGGAGGGUCCGGGAGGAGGCAGCACAGGCCACCGUUGCUACCCAAGAAGCUAGGACAUCCUCCUCUGUAGCUGCGUGGUCUACAUGGGACCCCCUGGAAGAGGAAUGCCAGGAAGUCUGCAAGGAACCCUGGACUCAGGGCUCCUGGGGUCUGGCUUCACACCAACAGCUUGUUGGUGGCAGAGCCCAGGUCAUCCCCCAUCUGUCAGACUCUGGAGCCCGCAGCUGGCACCCUGUGGCCAGAGAGCACUCACCCCAUCUCAGGGCAUCGCCUUCAACUCCCUGCUGGCCAUUGACAUCUGCAUGUCCAAGCGGCUGGGGGUGUGUGCCGGCCGCGCCGCGUCCUGGGCCAGCGCCCGCUCCAUGGUCAAGCUCAUUGGCAUCACGGGCCACGGCAUCCCCUGGAUCGGGGGUACCAUCCUCUGCCUGGUGAAGAGCAGCACGCUGGCCGGCCAGGAGGUGCUCAUGAAUCUGCUCCUGGCUCUGCUCCUGGACAUCAUGACGGUGGCCGGCGUCCAGAAGCUCAUCAAGAGACGUGGCCCGUUCGAGUCGAGCCCCAGCCUCCUGGACCACCUCACCAUGGACGUCUACGCCUUCCCCGCCGGGCACGCCAGCCGCGCGGCCAUGGUGUCCAAGUUCUUCCUCAGCCACCUGGUGCUGGCGGUGCCCCUGCGCGUCCUGCUGGUGCUCUGGGCCUUCUGCGUGGGCUUGUCUCGCGUGAUGAUCGGCCGCCACCACAUCACCGACGUCGUCUCGGGCUUCAUCAUCGGCUACUUCCAGUUCCGCCUGGUGGAGCUGGUCUGGAUGUCCUCCAACACCUGCCAGAUGCUCAUCUCCGCCUGGUGAGCCCCCACCUGCGGCUCCAGGACCCGGGAUGGCCUAGCAGAGGAGGCGGGAGCAGCAGGGUGCCGGCGGCGAACCCGCAGCCUCACCGCCCCCAUCUCGGUUGGAGGCUGGCGACCUUGGCCGGGCCGCCCGGGGGGCCGGUGUAGCCAGUGUGGCCAGUAGUGCCGAGCAUCCCUGCUCCUCCGUGGAGGCUGUGAGUGUCCUCUCAAGGUGGCCGGGGGCUCGUGGGACAGCCGUGCUUUGCUUCUGCCCUGGAGAAGAGAGGCGAGAACCAAGGUGGCAGGAGCGGGGCCGAGUCUUGUCCUGUCCCUUCGUCGUCGUGACUGCUGAGUGCUUGGCCGUGCCCCCCCGUGCUGCAGCGCCAUGCCUGGCGAGACACCCCAGCCACCGCCCACCACAGGUGCCACUGCCAUUAACGGCCAUCGAUAGCUUAGGGCAGCACUUUCCGAAGGGCGCCCUGCCGGACGCCGGCCUGCAAGAUGCUUUGGAAAGAAAAAAGGUUUUGUGGUCAAAUAAAUUUGGGGAAUGCUGCAUACUCUGCCCCCAUGCUGGCCAUUCAUGAGGGCCAUUGUUUUCAUAAAGGCUCUGACAAGUCCUGUAGAAACGCUUCCUGUCAGACCCGGUUUAACUCCGCAUUUCCUCAACUUAUUUGACCACAGACCCCUUUUCUUGAGGAAGAGCUACGAACCCCCAAAGAUCCGCGGUCUCCUCAAGCACAUUUUGGGAGAUGCUGCCCGGAUCCGGAGGGCCUGAGACGCAAGUGGGCCUCUCCCAGCGUCAGGGGAGGCCCAGUGUCACGUGCCACCUGCGGAGAGCCACCUGCCACGGGCAUCAGUGCCGCUUUGGCCCCCAGGGGCCGGACUCCAUGUGACCUGAUAGGUCGUUUCCAAGCAGCCAUUAUGGAUGUGCGUUUCAUGCGACAAUACAGAUGACAUGCGUUGGACUCUC